CAACCCUGCCGGAGCAGUAACAAAUCUUUCACCCAAUACCCAAUGUCGAGUCGGAGCGCGAGAGGCAGAACUCAAUGCCCGUUCGCGACCGUUUAUCCUCGUCGGUUGAGUGAUAGUGGUGUGUAGUUAUUAUAAGUGUUGAGGUUGAGCUCAGGAGAAGGAAUAGAAUAGAAACGAGAGUGUUAUUUGGUGGUGACCCGGGUGGUGCCCGAACCUUUUUCAGAACAGCCAGGGCACUUACCACUGGCACGCUCUUUUUUAUUUAAAAACUAAAACUAUAAUUAUUAAUAAAUUUAUCUACAGAGCUGGAGAUCUAUCUACAGAGUCGGAGUUUAAACUCAAGUCAGAGUCAGAAUCAGGAACAGAACAGAGUGAGUGGAUAUAACAACAGCAAGUGUAGUCUCGCGCGUCAAUUGUCGUCGAAGUAGUCGAUCCUGCUUGCAGCCGUCGUCGUGUGAGAGAGCCAAGAGGAUAUAGAUAUAUAGAUACCUUCAUAUAUACUACAUAAUAUUAUAGAUAUAUAUCUAUAUAUACAUAUAUGUGCAAGGAGGGCCGCUGUACAAUUGUGAUUGUGGAACAAACGGACACAAGGAAAAGGAAGACCGCUUUUCCAAAGUGUCGGGUCAAUGUACGAGGAUUGUUAGUACAGGACGCCGUGAAUCCUGAUUAUUAGUGAGCAGUGUAAUAAUAAGUCGAUCCAUAAAAAGUAUAUCGCUCCCGCGAUUAUUAAACGCCAACGAUGACCCAUAAUGGUGGUCUUCUCGGGGUGCUCCCUGCUUCACGAAGACAGAGCCACGUUUGGGGAAGUGUUGCCCAGUGACCACUCAGGAGAAUUUUUCAGAAGGUUGUGGACCAGUGAUUCAAGAUGCAGAAGAGUGACAGUAGAACGGGUAGAGGUGAAAAGGAGCUUCCUAAUCGCGACCGUGAUAGGGAGCAGGAAGCUGCCAAGAGGACUUCUAGAGGCAGCGGUAACGCGACUAGAUCUACCAUGCACACCUCUAGGCAAAGUGUUACUUCCACCUCUGGAGUGUUGAUGGUAGGACCUAACUUCAGAGUUGGAAAGAAAAUUGGCUGUGGUAAUUUUGGAGAGCUUAGACUCGGAAAAAACCUCUAUAAUAAUGAACACGUAGCUAUUAAAAUGGAACCAAUGAAGUCAAAGGCGCCACAGCUUCAUUUAGAAUAUAGGUUUUACAAAUUAUUAGGUACACAUGUUCAUAACACGCAUAUAGAAGGUGUACCGGAGGUGUACUACUUCGGUCCAUGCGGUAAAUAUAACGCACUGGUAAUGGAGCUCCUUGGACCGAGUUUGGAAGAUUUGUUCGACUUAUGCGGGCGAAGAUUCACACUAAAAACAGUUCUCAGCAUAGCAACACAACUGCUCCAUAGGAUAGAGUAUGUACACAGUCGACAUCUGAUUUAUCGUGAUGUCAAGCCGGAAAAUUUCCUUAUUGGACGUAGUACGACUAAACGAGAGAAAAUAAUUCAUAUCAUCGAUUUUGGAUUGGCCAAAGAAUACAUAGAUUUGGAUACUAACAAACAUAUACCUUACCGGGAACACAAGAGUCUUACCGGUACUGCGCGUUAUAUGAGUAUCAACACUCAUCUUGGAAAAGAGCAAAGUAGGAGAGACGACUUAGAAGCACUCGGUCACAUGUUUAUGUACUUCCUUCGAGGCAGCUUGCCCUGGCAAGGACUGAAAGCAGACACGCUGAAGGAGCGCUAUCAAAAGAUCGGUGACACGAAGCGAGCGACACCAAUAGAGGUCCUUUGUGAUGGGCAUCCCGAGGAAAUGGCCACUUAUUUACGUUACGUACGGAGAUUAGACUUUUUCGAGACACCUGAUUACGAGUACUUGAGGAAACUCUUCCAGGAUCUUUUCGAGCGGCGAGGAUUCGUCCAUGACGGCGAAUUUGAUUGGACGGGCAAGACUAUGCCUCCUAACUUUCAACAGCUUCGGCAGUUGAGAUUUGCUGCACCAUCUUGGGUUGGGAAAACAAAAUCGGACAAGUCAACACCAGUUGGAUCGAUGCAAACAGGACAUGAAAUAGUUGUGUCGCCCAAUCGAGAUCGGCAUCCUACCACUUACAAGGAUUAUGAUGAUUAUGAGGAGGAGGUCAUUCUGAUGAUGGAUGAGGUGAACGUGGAAAUUCACGGGAGAUAUGACGUGGCAGGUGGAGGGGUGGGAGGAGGGGGCGGUAGAGGGGUGGGAACCACAUGGCCUGAUACAGUCAAACAAACGGGGGCUGGUGGUACAUUGACGCCUGCCGACAGACAUGGUUCAGUACAGUUACGGCAUCAUCGGAUUAUGGUGGUAUCCUCGACAAACGGAGAACUGGCAAAUGACGAUCCGACUGCUGGACAUUCAAACACACCAAUUACUGCACCGCAGGAAGUGGAGAUGAUCGAUGAAACCAAUGUUUGCUUUAUUUCCAGAUGCUGCUGCUUUUUUAAACGAAAGAAGAAAAAAAGUGGACGACAGAAAUGACUGCCUGUUACUGUUGGGCUCGGGGGAACGGUACAGUGCGCGGAUAUUAGUGCUGGGGAUAAUAAUGUUCCAAGAGCUACGUUAACUGGAGCUAGUGCUGGAGGUGGCAAACGGUGUGGCAAAGUCGCCGAAGACAACGGAGAUCCUGAACGCGAGGCUGUUAAAUUAUUGAGAGACGUCAGUCGUUCUGCGUCCAGGGACUCCGUGCUACAACAUACUACUGUUACGACUACACCCACGCCUACGCCACCGCCAUUGUCCAAUUAAACAACAACAACAACAAUACAAUCAUCUUCAUAGCCACUGAUACUUUACCACGCUAUACAUUUAUUUUUAUCAUCUUCAUUAUUAAUUAUUAAUUAGUUAAUAUUAUUAUUUUUAAUAUUAUUGAUACAUACGAUUAAUUAUUACAAUUAAUAUUAAUAUUAUUAUUAUUAUAAAUUAUAACUAUGUCAUCUUCAUCAACCGUCGGUGUCUACAGUGUAAUUGACAUUAUCAAAAUUCGUCAUGUCUAUUGUUGAAUUAUUUAAUUAAUGAAAUAUCGAUCAAUCUUGAAUUAUUAAUAGUACAUUACAUAAUUCAUUCAUGUAGUUUAUUUAAUUCAUUAACUACGAUUAAUAUUUUCAUAAAUAUACA